ACGUUUGCUGGUCGUAUUACCCUAAGCUUCGUGAGAGGGGAAACAGCGGAUCACCCCAAAAAGCUCGUACUCAAGUGUGGGAGAGUUUCUUGUUGUCGACACAGAUAGAUACAACCCAAAGUUUGCAUUACGUCAUGGAUGUCGUAAGGUGGGAAAGAACAGGGCGUACCUUUCUCAGACCAGAAUUUUGUUCUGCUUUUUGGAGAAAUAAAACAUGUUUGACUGGAACAAGUCACAAGAGCCCAACCUACAUAUAGAAGCUAUCGGAUUAAUUGCAGCUCCGAUUUCUUGUGUUGGAUCGGAGCAGGUGGUAGUAAUCAUUCUGCACCAGCUCAAAGAGAUAGAGACGAAGAAGAAGAAGAAGAAGAAGAAGAAGAAGAAGAGGUCAGAGCUUCAGAGAUGGCAUGCCUGGUAAGGAGAGGGGUGAGACAGUACAACAAAUCAGAAACACCGCGUAUUCGGUGGACGGAGGAGCUUCAUGGCCGCUUCGUUGAUGCUGUCCAUGUGCUUGGAGGACGGAACAAAGCAACUCCAAAGCAGAUUCUACAGCUGAUGGGUGUGAAGGGUCUGACCAUAUCUCACGUCAAAAGCCACCUGCAGAUGUACAGAAUCACGAGCAGCUCAGCCAAACUUGCAGAUAAUCUGAAAAGGCCAAGGAGACCACGGCAUGAUUCAUCAGGUCUUCCCGAAGAUCCACACCGGAGCUCCGCAUUCAUCUGCGAGUACAUGUUCCAAAUGCCGUCGGUGGAAGAGUUGCUGAGAGAGUGGAUCUCGAGGAAGAGCAACAUUCAUCCAGAUCGGGUGUCGGACCAGAAUCACAAGAACAAAAACGAAUCUUUAAUGCAGAUGGAAGAAGAGAUGGACGACUGCGAGCUGACUCUCUCAUCGGUCAACCAUCACAAGUCAACAGAGACGGAUUCGGGUUCGAGUAUACACUCCUCGGAUGCAACUGAAGUUGCAGUUCCGAGGAGCACCAAUUCGGGUGACGGCUCCACCGGCUGUGGAGCCUCGGCUGCCAACCACCUCCUCAACUUGGAGCUGACCAUCGCAUCUCCUGGUGGUUCCCGUCAACUGGUUUUAUAGCUGUAGAAGGAGAAGAAGAAUUGAAAGGACAAACAUACUCGAUCUUGGUUUCAGCAAUCUGUCGGACCGACGACCACUUAUACCCCUCCCGGUAUCAUCGGAACAAAUAAUACGAAUGGAUCGUAUCAUAUACCGAUGUACGUAACGUACUGAUGCGACCGAUAUCUGAAACCAAGUGGUCUUUUGUAUGAACAAUUGCCGUGUUCCAUUCAUAUCCAUAUCAUCCAUCUUUCCAUUCAGUUCUGCAGAAUCAAAUCAAUC